CUCUUAACCAGAUUGAGCUGAAAUUGAAGCCAGAACAAAAAAAUGGAAAGCGCGAUCCAGGAGCUCCUAAGAGGUCGGGACUUCACCUGCCAGCUCAAGCUUCUCUUCACUGCCGAUUCCAACCGAUCAUUCCUCGCCCGCGAAGGCGGAUGUGCAGAAGACCUGGUGGGGAAGAUACUCUCCACCUUCACUCACACUAUCUCGUUCUUGAGCACUACUGCUGCGGCUACAACGACUGCGAAUGUCGACUCCUCCGAUGACGCCUCUGCUGGGCCUCGCAAGUCAGAGAGCUCCUCUGCCGACAAUAGCAGCAGCAAGGCCUUCUCCCGCAAGAAAAGGAAGACAGCCCCAUCUCAACAAUCAUGGAUAAAAGAGAGUCCAACCCUGGUGGACGACGGAUACGCGUGGAGGAAGUACGGGCAGAAGACGAUCCUGAAGUCGGAGUUCUCUAGGCACUACUACAGGUGCACUCACAAGUUGGAGUACAAGUGUCCAGCCACCAAGCAAGUCCAAAUGAUCCAGGACGAACCCAACUCGAUCUAUCGAACCACCUACUCUGCCCACCACACUUGCAACAAUCACUUCCGUACCCUCCACCCAUCUUCUCAUGACCAAAACUUCCAGGUGGAUCCAGUCCAUGAUUCCGGCAGCUCCCACCUUAUCAGCUUCAACAACAUCAACAACAACAACAUUACCCCUUUUCUUACCUCAUUCUCUGCACCAUCUGCUCCGGUAGCGAAGCAACAACAUGAAUCGUUGGGCGACGUCGCCAUGUGUCAUCCUCAAACAGGAAACCUACCGGCAGCAGCGUCCUCUGGAGGCGAGGACGAUUACGAUAUGUUGUCCUCUCUUGUUGAUAUCGACUUCGAUCAAGAGUUUUUCGACUGGGUUGGGACGACAAGAUGACACCUGCAACAGUAGCAGUAAUUCCAUGCAAAAUGAUGAUGAUGCACUCUAGUGAUGACUUUGGUGGCUUCUUGGUAUGAGGAGUCUGCACUGCAGCUUGCUGUUUACUAUGAGAAGAGGAAACGAUUCUCAUUUUAUUUCACCAAAAGUAUAUAGGAACAUUUCGUUUUGAUGACGUUUAAAUUUCAAUGAGUUGAUCACAAUUAAUAAAGGGAAAUGGGGCGU